AUGUGCGUAUGUGAGGGUCGUGAAUGUACGUAUGUGGGGGUCGUGAGUUGGAAUGACACCAGACGCAGGAAGCAGACCACGAACACCAGCAUCAAGGACACCAAGCAGACAAUGACACCAGCAGCCAAGGACACCAGCAGACGUGACACUGGCAUCCAGGACACCAGCAGCCAAGGACACCAGCAGACAAGGACACCAGCAGGCAAGAACACCAGCUGCCAGGACACUAGCAGCCAAGGACGCAACAUGGACGUCAGCAUCCAAGGACACCAGCUGCCAAGGACACCAUCAUCGAGGACACCAGCUGCCAGGACACUAGCAGCCAAGGACACCAGCAGCCAAGGACACCAGCAGCCAAGGACACCAGCAGCCAAGGACACCAGCAGCCAAGGACACCAGCAGCCAAGGACACCAGCAGCCACGGACACCAGCAGCCAAAGACGUCAACAUCCAAGGACACCAGCUGCCACGGACGUCAGCAGCCACGGACGUCAUCUCCUGGGCUCAACCAAGAAGUGUAAGUGA